AUGAAAUUUUCAUAUUUGUGAGCUGUAACAUCCACAUAAAAACGAGCCGUUAAAGGCAUCAGCAAUUUCAACAACACGUCUGUUGGCGCAUAAUAUAUUUAAGGUGAGAGUUUGGAGGCCAGUUCAAAUUGGGAUGUGUAAGUAAAAAACGACGACGAGAGAAGUGGGAACUUGUAUUCACAAAAUAGAAAAUCUCUGGUGUUCAGUUUAUCGCACAUCAACGAUUUCAACAGCCCCGACUGCUGGAUUUUUUUUUUCACUGUGUUGGAUCGUUUCAUAUGGAAAAAAAAGUAGACGACGAAAUACGACCUUUGUAAAGGGAUCCAGGGAUGAGAUCGCGCAGCUGAAGUUUUGGAUUCUCUCACUCCAUAUUCUUCCUGUGAGAAAAGCUGAACUUGUCCUCCACGGCUGUCAAUGAUGCAACGUGUGCCCCCACAAAAGUGCUCCUGUGGGGGCAAAAUGAAUUGUACAAUAGGGUUUCUCCUUUUGGGGGUUUUGUGCUCCCUCUACCAGCCGACCAUCAGUGCCAGACUGCCAGUGCCUCAGAUUGGAGGGGACUUUGGAGAGGUUUCAAUGAAGAGGGGUGGUGAAGCUGAAGUGGAGACUUUGGGACUGGAGGAACCUGUAACUGCAACUCAUGUAUUAGAAAUGCAUGGAGUAAAUUAUGGGGAUACAACUUCAGAUUUGAAAGCAUCCACCUUCACUGAAUUUCCACCUCUGCCAACCACAAACCGGACGAUUGUGCGUUGCAUCUAUGUGGCCGCUGAGCCUCCAGCAGAGACACCCACACCAGCUCCAGCUCCUCCUUUAACUACCAUCACUCCAGCUUCUCCUGGUGAGGCUCCACAUAUAAAGGGUGAAUACCCUAAGGAUAUUUUUUCUAUUGAAGACCGCAGGCGAGGCUGGGUGAUCCUCCACAUUUUUGGGAUGAUGUACAUGUUCGUGUCUCUUGCGAUUGUGUGCGAUGAGUUCUUUGUUCCUGCGCUGGGGGUAAUCACAGACAAGUUAUCCAUCUCUGACGAUGUGGCAGGAGCCACCUUCAUGGCUGCAGGAAGAUCUGCCCCCAAGUGUUUUGCCUACCUCAUAGGGGUCUUCAUCGCCCACAGCAGUGUCGGCAUUGGCACAAUAGUUGGUUCAGCAGUUUUCAACAUUUUGUUCGUGAUUGGAAUGUGUGCUUUGUUUUCCCGGGAGGUUCUUCAUCUCACCUGGUGGCCACUUUUCAGAGAUGUGUCCUUCUACAUACUUGGCCUCAUCUUGCUCAUCAUCUUCUUCCUGGAUAAUGUCAUAAUGUGGUGGGAGAGCAUGAUGCUGGUGGCCUGCUACAUGCUCUAUGUGAUUUUCAUGAAGUUUAAUGUGCAAAUAGAGCGGGCCUUCAAGACGCAACUCCACAAACACAAGAACAUUUUCAAGAUCAUUGCUGUGGAGGAACCUGAAAACGUGCCGGCAGGAGAGGAUGUGUCAGGAUGCUCGGUAGACUCUGACAGUGAUAAAAAUGAAAAUGAUAAAGACAGUGAUGAUUCCAGUAAAAGUGAAAACGACAAUAAGAACGAAAAGAAGGAGCAAGAAGAGGAGAAAGAUAAUGAGCCCCUGUCUUUAGUGUGGCCUGACACACGACGUAAACAAGCCACCUACCUCCUCCUGCUGCCCAUAGUCGUCCCUCUGUGGUUCACAGUUCCUGAUGUUCGCAACCAGAAAUCCAGAAAGUUCUUUGUGAUUACCUUCCUUGGCUCUAUUCUGUGGAUUGCCGUCUUCUAUUACCUCAUAGUGUGGUGGGCCCAUCGGAUAGGUGAGACCUUCGCUAUCUCACAUCACACCAUGAUCAUGCUGGUUGCAGAGACGUCUGUCCCCGACCUCAUUACCAGUGUGAUUGUGGCGCGUAAGGGUCAGGGGGACAUGGCUGUGUCCAGCUGUAUCGGCAGUAACAUCUUUGACAUCACUCUGUGUCUGCCAGCUCCAUUGGUCCUGUACUCAUCCAUCCACAGUUUGGCUCCGUGGGCCGUCAGCAGCGAAGGGGUCUUACGUGCCAUCGUGCUCCUCUUCCUCAUGCUCAUCUUUGUCAUCGUCAUUGCAUCCUGUAAGUGGAAGAUGAAUAAGAUGUUUGGUUUCAUCAUGCUCCUGCUGUACAUUAUCUUCCUGCUGCUUCAUUUCAUGGUGCAGUAGCGCAACAUUUACAACAACACCUGUGUGUUGUGAUCAUUUUACUGGUUCGUAUGCAAGGUGACUUACAGAGACCACUCUUCACCUAAACAUAACGCAUACUGGCAUAGUGUUUUUUGUCUUAUAUAUAUUUCAACAUAUAUAAGUAUGCCUCUAGAUAUAUUUUACUUUUGAUAAUGCAAUUAUUUAUUUUCUUUCUCCUCCAUAUAUACUCAUAUUUUGUGCUUGAUAUCAUUAAAGCAAUUGUUUUUCACUUUA